CUCCGACUUCGUCGUUCCACUGUCUAAGUCACCUUCGUACGCGCCUUCUAUCAUCUACCAUCUAUACCGGAGGGCGGCAGCCAGCGACGCCAGGCGCCACACAUCGGAAUGAGGUCGGGCGAAAUCAGUCAAUUAUCAGAUCGAGUCCUUGGGCCCGAUCAGGCCUGGCUGCUCUAGACCACCACUUGCUCAAGAAUAUAAAACCAGUGAGCGCCGAGAUGUGUUGCCCCUUCCCCGCUGUGUGCACCCGCGAGCGACAUGUUUGGCUGCCAGCAACGCUCCUCGCCGUCCCGCCUACCUAACCCGCGCAAGAGACGCCGCCCCCAGGGCCUUUGGCAAGCGCGCGUGACUCAUGGGUCCAAUGUCCGCGCCGCAAAGCAGCCCCAGCCGCCCCGGGCGCGCGUCCCAGCGUCUACCCCGGCCUACUCUGAUGAUAGCGAUGACGAGUACGAGAGCGCGCUCGACUCGUCGCGCUCCUCGAAAAGACUACGCUCUUCGACCUCGAACACUUCUGUCUACGACGAGGCGGGCUACGAUGAAGCUCCGACCGAGAAGGAGCCACCGCGCGUUAGCGGGUGGCUUCGACGCACGAAGAUUAUGGACUCCUGCUCACUCGCAUCUCGCGGUACACACACCACACUAUCCGAGUGCGACUACGAGGACUGGGAGGACCUAAAAGACUUGUAUAAGAGCGCUCUCGAUCAGCUUGAAGGCGACGAUGAUCCCAGCGAAGCUCUGCCACUGCUACGCGGUGUCGUUCACGAGUGUCAUCGGUUCCUGCUGCGAUACGACGACCCAUCCGUGAUUUUCAUUACCCCGCCUUCGCGCACGCGUCUUCUCCAGCCCGCACAUCCGAAGCCAAAGCACCCCGAGUUGCCUACGGCCUUUCAUAACAUUCUCGGUACCGCGCUCUUCCUCUUUGGGAACAUCAUAUCCCUCUUCCCGAAGCGUGCGCUGCCAGGGGAACCGACGAUUGGCGUGCCGUACUGGCUUGCUGCACUCGAUGUCUUCGAGACAGCCGAAAGUCUGCCCACUCGCACAGACGGACGAUUUGGCUUCCAUGCCCCCGAGGACUGGCACAUGGCCGUGGUCUGGGGCCGGACAUGGGUCCGCCUGGCCCAGGAGACCCUCAAUCGCUCUGCAGACAACGCCAAGGGGGCCGACCUGUUCUCGACCGACUACGCCUGGCCAGCGAAUUCACCCCUAGCCGCUAUCAUGUCCCAUCGCCCCCCGGUGACCCGUCGGACAGCCUUGUGCUCCCCGACACCGAACGACUUGAUGGAGCUCGCCAUGGACCAGUUCUCGCGCGGUAUCUUCCAUAUGCCGCACCCACAGCAUCACCACGGCAUGCCUCACCUGCCCGAGCCGCCUAUCAUGCUCUCGACCCUGUCUUGCCCCAUGGUCAACAACAUCCACUUUUCCCAGCACGAACACGACAGUGGCGAGUUCGAGGCCGGGCCUCGAAUGUCCCCGCCCCCGCCCGCCCCCAUCCUCUCGCUCGAGAACCACCACUACUCGCCCAUCCCGCCAAAAUCUCGCGCGACGCAUCUCUACACCAUCGCAGCCGAGGUGGUGCACCUCGCUGAAAAGCUGGCGCUUCCGUCAGAGCGCAGGAUCUGGGCGACAUGGGCGGACUCGGUGUUCAACCAGAUGCGCAUGGAGGUUGACAUGGACCGGUGGAGGACGGCGAUCCUGCGCGAGCGCGGUCGCUGCUGGCUCAUCGUCGGGAGCGCUCUCGCGGAGACCGCGGAGAAGGUGCUCGAGGCCGACGCGGACGAUGCGAUGAAGGUCGAGGAGGCGCUCGCCGCCGAUGAUACGCAGCAGGCUCGCGAAGCGCUUGACUUCGCCAUCGAGUUCCUUGACAAGGCCAUCGCGCAUCAGAUGUCUUCAGCGUCGUCUGCCUACUCGAUGUGCUCUGGGCGUGCCGGGAAGGACGAGGAGCACGAGGAGAUGGCGCUCACUUCGCUGUUGGCCGAGGCGUUGCUCACGCUCGCUAACAUCACGCCUGACGACGAGACCAGGGAGGAGCUGUACCGUCGCGCCAGCGUCGUCGGUGGGGAGGACGUGAAGGAGAUGCUCGAGCACCCUGACGAGUUCUGCAUGGAUGUGAACUAGAUUCCCGCCUACUCACUGUAUAUACCCGCACUGUAUCUCUAGCCAUUGUUAUCGUGUUAUUAUAUCGCACUGAUCUCACUCUCUAUUGUAUUGCACUCGUUCUCAUAAUGCAGCCCCCAGUCUGACCAGAAGUUGAACCGGUCAGCCACCUGUCA